GAAACUCUGCUCAGCUUCUCGUAGGCACCAUUUAUAAGAAAUACCACUACCUAGUAGCAUCUUCUGCCUAAACAACGUGGCACUAAUGUUCAGCCUGUAACAGGGAGAAAACCAACUACAAAGUGCCUAAGUGGAUAUCCCGGAGAGGUUACAGAAGUUUGGACUUUUAUGCUAGAAACAGAUUCUGGUCUGUAGAGCAUGCUGAGAAUACUGGUGUUGCUCCUUUGCACUCACUUCUCCAGAGGUUUUAGUAAGAAAUUUCCAACAGAUCUUGUUUGCUACCAGUAUUAUUCUUCACAGACCAACCAUUGUUAUUGCAGCUGGAAAGCUGGGGAGGAAUCACAAAAUGCCACUUAUGUACUAAAUUACUGCAUUGACCGAAAUCAAGAACAUGAGUGUUUUCGUCAUCCUGCGGGGACCUCGACUUAUAUCCAGACAAAUGUGCAUAUACGGACUCGUGUAACCAUGUGGGUUACUGCUAAAGAUAAAGAGGAAACGUACAACUCUGGAAACAUAACAGAGCUGCUUGUUGAGAGAGUAAAACUGGAUCAACCUGACAAAAACAGUAUCAUGCUAAUAAAAAAUGGCAAGAAUCUGACAGUUCAGUGGAGGAGAACCCAUUACCCCUAUUCUUCCAAUCCAUUCUUGAAAGAAGUGAGAAGCACAAAGGAAGGAGAAUCACAAUGGAGCACGAAAAUGUGUGAUUCAUAUGAGGAAAAUGAUUCACCCGCAUGUGAUAUUGAUGACGAAGGCUGGAAAAGCUGCCUGGAAGUGUGCACUCUAUCUCUGGAUCGGAACUAUGUUCACUACAUCCAGAUCCAUCACAAAUACAACGGAGGAAUAUGGAGUGAAUGGAGUGAUUCUGUUUUUGUCCCAACGGAUCUUACUAAACUGGAAGUUACCUACACAGUGGGAAAACUCCUAGAUGGAAGGCGAAGCCUUACUCUACGAUGGAAGGAUGCCCUAAAGGAGCAAGGGAAUUUAACAUACACAAUCAGGCUAACUGUCCUUGCAUGCCCAGCUCCCGCUUUUGAGAUCAAUACAUCAAUCAGUGGGUUCAAAAUGAACAUAUCUGGAGCCGCCUAUAACCUCACACUUGAAGCUUUUAAUUCAGCUGAAAAGACCCCUCCUUGGUCAUCUGUCAUUGAAGAAGAUAUUAAAGAAAUGCCAUUUAAGAAUGUCAGUUUGGAUAAUAAGUUCCUGACAGUACAGUGGAAAGUAGAGACCAAAAGAAAAGGCAAUUACUGUAUUGAGUGGAAGCCUACUGGUGUGACAAGUCGCUCAUCUAACAGCUCUACAGGAGUCUAUAAAAAAGCAAAGAAAAGGAUACGUCGAGUGAUAUUUCAACCAAUGCAGUGCUACAGGAUUGUGGCUCAUAAAUUUACCAAAGGCCAUUUUACUUUUGGAACAACAUACUAUUUCAGACCUUCAUUAAGUAUAGGACCAGGAAACUUCACAUUGAUGUAUAUUACUGAGGACUCAGUUCUGCUGAAAUGGGACAAACUUGAUCUCCAUCAGUGUCAAGGACUUCUAAGGAAUUGGGUUCUAAACAUAACAAAACAUGAAAAUAUACCUGUAAAAGUGUAUUUUAUAAAUGCUUCAGCGACUCAAUAUGCUGUAGAGAAGCUUGCUGUGGGAUCCAAUUAUACCUUUGAAAUUAAAGGAUUUACCAUUUUUGGAGAGUACACUGGAAGCCGGUGGACUGCUAUCGAUUUAAGGGAAGUUUUCCAUGAAAAUGCCCUCUGGAUUCCAAAAUUAAUUGGAGGAAUUUUUGCCUGUCUGGUUAUUGUUGGUCUUUGUUACUUUGUCAUUGUGAGAUGCAAAACGACCCUGUUUCCCAGUCUUCCAAACCUUAACGAUAGCAGUGCGCUAAAGAUUGAGCCCUAUGAUAUAAACUUUAUUGAACUCAACAAAUUAUUUGUGGAUGCAGAGGGUGAUCAAGGGCCUGCUGAGCCUCUGACAAUAGAGUCAGUUGAGGAAAAUGCUUUCAGUGAUUGGGUGACAAAGACGGAACAAUUAGAUAAUCCAGUCUUUUCUGAAAACGAUGCAGAUCUUCCAUUUGAAUACCGGCGGCAAAUGCAUCAGACAUCACCAGUAAAUGACAAAGACAUUACAUGUGAGGAACUUUUCAAAAGCAGUGUGCAGUGUGCAGUUCACCAACCAAACAUCUCAAACAAAAUAGCACUUUUUAGCUAUUCAGAGGACACCACAUCUGUUGAAGAGUUAUAAUGCUGGAAAUACAGUUCUAAUAAUUAACUAACAACUUUUUUUUUAUGAAAUAUGGUAUCUGGACAGCCUUCUAAAACUGCAUGUUCUCAGUUGGAACAUUUACGUCCAAAAUGUCUCUGAAGCUUGAGAUGAAAUGCCAUGUCCUUGUGUGAGCAAGCCAAACAAAAGCCUAACAACUCCCUGAGCAAGGCAUCCACUGGCAAAAUUGAUGUAGAGGGCACAACCACCAGCUUUGAAUGUGUAAUGCUUAGCAGCAGAGAAAAAAUGGUCUGGAGC